GUCGCUAUGGAAACGGCCCCCAACUCGGACCAAAAUGGCGGCUGGGGAGCCGUGUGAUGUGGGAGGCUACUACUUCAGAUUCCUGCCUCAGAAAACCUUCCAGUCUCUCAGCACCCGGGAGACCACCAACCGGCUCCGCCAGUGGUCCAUGCUGGGCAGAAUCAAGGCGCAGGCGUUCGGGUUUGACCAGACGUUUCAGGCUUAUCGGAAGGAUGAUUUCGUUAUGGCUUUUUUUAAAGAUCCAAAUGUUAUUCCCAAUUUGAAGUUACUUUCAGAUGCUUCUGGACAGUGGAUUACAUUGGGAACUGAAGUAAAAAAUAUUGAAGCUAUAAAUGUUCCUUGCACACAGCUUUCAAUGUCAUUUUUUAAUCGGUUAUAUGAUGAAGAUAUUGUACGAGACAAUGGACAUAUUGUUAAAUGUUUAGAUUCUUUUUGUGAUCCUUUCCUUAUUUCUGAUGAAUUACGAAAAGUUUUGCUAUUGGAAGACUCGGAAAAAUAUGAAGUAUUCAGCCAAUCGGAUAGAGAAGAGUUCCUAUUUUGUCUUUUCAAACAUCUUUGCCUUGGUGGAGCCCUUUGUCAGUAUGAAGAUGUGGUUAAUCCAUAUCUGGAAACAACAAAGCUUAUCUAUAAGGAUCUAGUGAGUGUUCGAAAGAAUCCUCAAACCAAGAAAAUACAAAUUACCUCCUCUGUCUUUAAAGUUACAGCAUAUGAUUCUGUUGGUGUGUGCUACCCUUCAACAAAGAGCCAUGAACAGACAUUUUCUUACUUCAUUGUAGAUCCUAUCAUGCGUCAUGUUCAUGUUUUAUACCACUGUUAUGGUGUGGGGGAAAUGUCUUAAUAUUUUUCAGAUUAUCUAUAUUUACUAUUUUUUAUUUACCAACUUUUUAUUUUAAUAUUGAUUUAUAGAUAAACAUUUACUUUGCAAGUUAAUUCAAGUAAAAUGUUAAGAACCUGCUUAGAGCAAAAGAAAACAAAUACCAAGAUGCCUUUCUUUAGAUUUGUCUGGAAUACUAACACAGGAACCAGAUUUCAUCCCUAGCAUAAUCUACACCAAUACAGUUAUGGAAUUUUUACAGAAAGUUACAAAGAACUAAAAAUCUAGUUCAUAUUUGCUGCAUUAAGAUUCGAAUGAGUAUUUUCCAUGUAUUUUAUCUUAGAAGCAAAUUAAUUCUGAAUUGAAAUUGUGACAGAAAACUAAACAUCUCUAACCACUGAUCAUUAAUAUGAAUUGUUAGCUUUUAAAUUUCAAGUUUCAUUUAAUUGUUUCUUCACUGCAUAAAGGUUUACAUCUCUGGAGCUGCGAAAAGCAUAACAAUUCCUCCCUCCAAUUCAUUUGUCCCACUUAAAAUCCUCAAUAAAAAAAUAAUGUUCUGAACAUAA